AUGGUGGACGACUACCUUAUUAAGUUCAAAAUAGUGAAUGAGAGUACUUUAGACUUCUACCGUUACGCGGCUAACAUGCAUCACUGCAACUGGGUUUCCUGGCUACCUGAAAAAUUGCCAGCUAAAGCUGAAAAUUUGUUCAUUUGCGAAUACAUUCGCGGACAUCCCUUCUUUUCAUUUGAUCUGCAAUACAAUGUCGUCAUCAAUGAACUGGAAUAUGCAAUCCAGUUCAAGUUUGGGCCGAACAAUAAUAAUAACAAUUCUAGUGGCAGCGGAAGGGCCAAUAAAUGGACUACUGGGACCUUAAUAACCAAUUCCAGGGCAAAACUGCCUGUGGAACUGGUGACAAUAGAUCGCACAACCCACAAUCAAUUGCUGACAUUCGUUAUAAGACCCACUGGUGAGGGUAAAAGCUUUGUCAAAAGGUUGAAAAUGGAAAUGCUUAAAUCCAUAGAAAACAGACUAAGAGAUUCAUCUCAACAGCACCUACUGCAAUCCGAUGAUGACCUUAGCAACGAAUGCAAUUCAGACCCUUUUAAGAGUUUGUACUGGAACGUCAAAAAUAUAGGUUGGAAAUCAAGACUAAGAAAGUCACAUCGCUCAAUCAUGAUCAGAAUUGUAAAUCUCACCAGAAGAUGUAUGUGUUUGGCCCUGCCUAUUCAGACUGAGGAAACUGUUAAUGAUAUUACAAUGUUAGAGGAGGGCUUUUGGGUUGAGUUCCCUAGCGAGCAAAUACCUCCAUUGUGCGGAACAGAAUUUGGCUGCAAAAGUGGCGGGUUUUUCAAUGGAACGAGGGGACGGUGCAUUUACAAAAUGGCUGGUGAACCGGGUCAUUUUAUUUUCUGGUGGGAACAGGCUCCAAUGGGCAGUUCUAGGGCUGGAGGCGCUCAUAGUAACCAUCUAUAUUCUGUAGUAACACAUGUGGAAUCUUUAAAUGAGUCAACGGCAAUUUUCCACAUAACACACUCUAAUUGCCCCCCAAUAAUCGCAACACAGGCUAGAGCUUUACCGGGAACAGAUAUAAAGACUCCCUACAAUCUCUCGCCAGAAACUCUCUCAAAAGGUGUGUUAUUGACACCAAUAUUCCUACAAUACAUAAAGAACUCGUUUGUUUCGUCCAUAUUCAGCUCCUUUCCCCAGGAAACUAAAAAGGAUGAUCAGAAUAGUGAAAUCAAUCUCUUCUCCCCCCGUACCUUCUUUUCCCGUAUCCGUACGGGUAUACGCUCCACUUCGGAUACUAAAAUACCAACUGACUCGUACCUAUAUCUUGAAUGGAUGAUAGGGAAUGAGAAAUUUGCUAAGUUAUUUCAUCCAGAUGAGCGAAUUCGCAUCCACUCUUCAAUAGUGGGUGGGCUGGAUGAUACUCAGUUGAUUAUGAGCUCCCAGCUGGUGCUCAAACGGCUGGAAACCUUGGAAUCCAAGUACAAGUAUAUCCAACAAUCUUUGGCUUUAGAUGGUGAAACCAUUGUCAACAACUACCCCUUGACCUUAGAGGCAAAUGAAGAUAAGUCUGUCAACAUCCGUUCCACUAUCACUGAAGAAGAGCUGCUUGAAACAGUUUUGCUGUGUUUUAAUUCGUUGUGCCACGGGUUACAACCGAUCAUUGCUAAAGAGAUGCGGGCAAAAUUUGGAGACCACUGGAUUGAGGUUAGUAAAUUGCCGCCGCGACAUAUAUGGAUAAGGGAUAAUGAGAAGCGAAUUGACCUUGAAGGCAUUCUGUAUAUUAUUACUGUUUAUUGGAUGGAAGUAUUUGAAUCAAUAUUCGAUGACAUAGAGUCCAUCCAGGUAUUUCAAACGGCAUCCAUUUACUGGGCAAAUCAGGAACUUCAUCACUUUCACUCGCAAUUUGUAUGGGAGCUGGUGACUAAGUCUCUAAACUUGCUUAAGAAACUAAAGGCUACAGGAUCCGCUAAACAUGUCUACUUUAUCCAACAACGACUGCUAGAUGAUAGUGGAGUAAGUUGGAUUAGUUAA